UUCUUUAAUUUAUUAUCUCUUAUUGAAAGGUCUUCUUGUGAGGUUCUUGUUUUUGGUUAUGCGAUGCAAGUCAUGACUUCUUCUCUGCCUUUGUCUCCCAACUUUAAUGACUUCUCCCCCACCGCCAAGUUCAGCCACGAUUUCGGAGUUAAAUUGCAGCUCAAAGCCGACGAGGAGCCCAAUAUGGAACAAGAAGAGAAACUGAAUAAUCAGCCGGGAAUGGAAGAUGAUAACGAAGACGAAGAGGAAGUGGAAGAGCAGAACGAAGAAGAGGAAGACGAAGAGGAAGAGGAGGAGGAGGAAGAGUUUUCUUUUGUUUGUUUAAAUCCCGAUGGAUCACCGAUUUCUGCGGACGACUUGUUCCAAGAUGGCCAAAUCCGUCCGAUUUUUCCGUUAUUUAACCAAGAUCUCCUCUACGCCGCCGCGGACGAUGCUUUCGUUUCGAAGUCCGGAGAGGGUGACAUGGCUCAACGGGCUCCGGUGAGGAAGCUUUUCCUGGAAGAUUCACCGGACGCGACGUCGUCGGAACCGGCGGGACCGUACUGCGAGUGGAGAGGUGGAAGAACCGUAACGGAAGCCUCGCCGGAAAGUUGCCGGAAGAGCAAUUCCACAGGGUUUUCGAAGCUUUGGAGGUUUAGAGAUUUGAAGCUUCGAUGUAGUAGCGACGGCAAAGACGCGUUCGUCUUCUUAAGCCAUCAUUCCUCCUCUUCUUCUUCGUCGGUAAAAACUGAGAAGAAAAACGAGAAAGAAGAGAAGAAAGACAAGGUGAAAGUAAGCGAAGAGAAACCGAAGGUGAAGAAGACGCAAAAGAGCAUUAAAACGGCGUCGCUCUCAGCUCACGAAAAGCUUUACGUUAAAAACAGAGCCCAAAAGCAAGGGGAUAAACGGCGGUCGUAUUUGCCGUAUAGGCAGGUCGGGUUUUUUACCAACGUCAAUGGGCUGAGCAGGAAUGUCCAUCCAUUUUAGGUUAUAUUUUUUUAGAUCUUCUUAAAUUUAAUUAAUUAUAUUUGCUUUGUAAAUUUUGGAAGUACAGUAUUUUGAUUUUUUUUUUCUUUAAGAUUAUAUUUUGAUGUAUUCUAAUUUGUCUAUAUAAAAAAACUUAUUGAAUCAGUGCAUCAA